AUGGAAAAAUUUGCUCAUAGAUCGUAUUGUGCGGCACCUGGGCUGAGCACCUCACUCAAUGCCAACGUCCAACGCCCAACGUCCAACGUUCCAUGUCAAACCUCCAACCUCGUUUCGACCGUGACGCCGACUCAGAAAUUGAACGUUUUGCAGGCGGCGCUUCCCAGACUCUUGUCUACUCCCGACAUGGGGCAUCCACUGAAGCCCCGUUUCUAUUCACACUGGACGAACCUCGAAGGCAUCUUCAACACCCAGAGCAGCACCAGCACUGCAGUCCACCUUCACUCUAUUUGGUUUUCGCCCUAUCGGUCCUAA